AUGUCAGACGAAGGAGAUAUAAACAACCGAUUGGAAGAGGAGAUUGGUAGUCUAUCCACACGGCUAGUUACUGCUGUUAACAGACAAGUUGAAUUGGAAGAGACAGUUUUAUAUCUACGCAAGACGAUUAACGAACUACAAUCACAAAAUGCCGUAUUAGCCAAAAGCGAUGAAAAUUACCAAUUAAUUCUACCCAAAUACCUUAAGCUUCAAGAGGAUUUUAAAGAAGCAAAUAUUAAAAAGGAAGUUGCCGAGAAUGAAAAUGGUCGGUUAAAAACCGAAGUUGACGAUUUAACUGCCACGCUUUUUGAUGAAGCAAAUACUAUGGUUUCCAAUGCUUCAAGAGAAACUCAUAACUUCAAAAUCAAAAAUAAGAAAUUGUAUGAAGAAAUUGAUGAGAAAAAUAUCAUCAUUAGUAACUUACAGGAUCAAUUACAAGAUUUGAAACAAAUGUUUCUUAAAAUGGAAGAUAAGCAACGUGUAUUGCUUUCGUCCAGUCAUAAUAAUACACCCACUUUGGAACAAAAAGAAUUCAAUACCGAUACCAAUUCCAUCGAUGAAAAUUAUCAAGUUCAGCAGCUUUCAAAUAGCUUGUAUGCACCAUUGAUAACCUCAUUACGAUUCGAUUUGAAUAACUAUAAUAAAGAUUUCAAAGGGUUUGUAUAUACAUUGAUUAAACCAGAUUUCGCCCUUGAUUCAACCCAUUUGAAGAACCUCGCAUAUUUCAAGCCAAUAUGGACUGAAGAGAUUGAAAACACUGUUGCUCAUAUACCUAAUUUACCAUCCUCAACAUUACUCAAUCGAUGGCAAAAGAAUAAAGUAUUUUGGAGUUCAUUGAUUGAUGGCAGAGUCUCCAUUGAACCUAUCAAAGGGUAUAGUGAAGGCAGCUCUAGAGCUGCGAAUGGUAAAGAGGUUACACCUGAAUUGUUAUUAAUUGCAAUCAAAGAUCCAUGUGCAUUUUGUGGAGAAGCAAGAGGUAAGUACCAAGAACAUUGUCGACUUCAUCAUUACAAAAUCUAUGAAGUAGAUGAAGUAAUGGUUGCUUGUUACCCAUUAUGCCAUUAUUGCGUGUUGAAAUUGCGUAACUUGUGCGAUUUCUUUGCCAAAUUGAGGGUUAUCAAGUCCAAUGUUUUUAAGUUGAAGCAAACUCAUUUAUUUGAUGAAUAUGUUCAUGGUGGAACAACAACUACAACAGGUUCGAAUUUUUAUAAAAGAACCAGUUCAAGCUCAUCCUCUACUGUUCGUUCAAUUACAUCUUCAUCUGCUGCUGCUGCAAGUGAUCCAGAUUUAAUAAACGGUCAUAUAUACGAUUUGAAGUUAGAUGAGGAAGAAGAAUCAAAAUUGAUCAAGAUCUAUCUUGUACUUGCACAAAUCAGACUUAAGAUAUUUUACAGUAAAUUGGGGUUGUGGGAAAACGUCAAUCAAUUGAAUGAUUUAAAUAUUGAAGAGAUCCAUUAUGAAACAUUUUCAAUUUUGAUACCGGACAAAGAAGAAAGAACAGAUGCAAGCAGAGACCAUGAUACUACAACGACGUUAAAUAAGUCGAUUGAUUCAUUGACUUUAAGGAAAUCAAUCGACUCAUCUGCCGCAAGAAAAUCAUUUGAUUCAGUUGCUGCGAGAAAGUCGAUUGAUAUAAAAGAAGCAUCAGAUCCAAUAGACCCAAAGCAGUUGGUGGACACUAAUGGAGCAACUGAAUUAAACCCCGGCUCGAGUGAUUCUAAUGCUAAGAAAAAUGUUGCUUCACUACCACCAGCGGGAAAAUCAGAUAAUGCGCGAUUGGCAAGCCCCGAAGGCGAUUCAGAUACCCGUGAGUUUGAAGAUGCCAAGACAGAGUGGAAAUCAGAGGUAAAGCAGGAGUCUAAAUCUCCACUGGUGCCAAAACAACACGAACCACAAGUACCUAAACCGGAACUGAGACAGGGGCCAAACCUGGCUACAAGCACACCUGAAAAAUCAAAGUCCCAAUCAGAGCUAACAGAAGCACAAUUGUUUCUACAAAAAAUGAAGACUAAAACCAAUAGUCCCGAUGAGAAAAAUAGUGGGUUAAAACGUUCAAAAUCAAGGAGCAAAGAAUUUAAAGCCAAGAUGGAUAAAGAAUUAGAUCAGACACUUGAGAUGUUGGCUGAAAAUAUGGAAGCUGAUGGAAGUCAAACUUAG